CCGAGAACCACAGAACUCUUGUUCACUCGCUUUGUUUUUUUUCCAGGGCGAUUCACCUCAGUUCGCCUCAAGGCAGGGCGGGGCACCGAGACGCUUUCUGAAGUAUUUCUUCAGCUCUCUUGUCCAGAACGUCCAUAAUUCAACAGCUGGACGGUCGGGAGUGCAGCAGACUGAAAGAGUUCCACAUUGCCGUCAAUGGCUUGGAUUAACCCGAGACAAAUCUUUUACUUCUUCCUUUUGACGGUGUGUUCUCAAACUGGACAAUGCUGCAAAAAAAUGUUUGCAAAACACAUGUUUGAGGCCAUAGUUCCUCCACAGCUGUUAAAGGGGGAUGUUGUUCUUAAAGUGAUAUUUUACCACUGUAAUUUUGGAGAGCACAUAAAGUUGCAUACCAACGAUGCCAAUUUUGGAAUCCAUUCUGACGGCAGGAUAUAUGCAACCCAUCCCCUAUACAUCGAAUCGAAAUAUUACUUCCAAGUCAGGGCAAAGGACUUAAGGACGCAUGAGAAAUGGAGAGUUGCUAUCCAGUUAAUGCCCUUUUCAAACCAAUCAAAGACGGUUUUGAAAAAUGAGCAUCCCAGAAUCUAUUUCCGAAAAGCUAACCAUUUCAGACGACAGAAGAGAGAAUGGAUCAUUCCACCGUUCGACGUGAGGGAGCACGAGCCGCCAUCGGCCCACUCUAUUGGCUCUAUUGUCUCUGACAUUGAACUUCGUGAAAGAUUAACCUAUACAAUCACAGGCCCAGGGGCAGACAGGCCUCCAGUCGGCUUGUUUGUGAUUAAUCAUAGAACUGGUGAUUUAAAUAUCACAGGAGAAGUGGAUCGUGAAAAAACUCCACAGUUCAAGUUGAUAGGACAAGCCUGGAAUUCUCGUAAUCAACCUGUUGAGAACCCUCUUGAACUUGUGAUCAAAGUUCUAGAUAUUAAUGAUAAUCCUCCGGAAUUCAUAAAAGAAGUGUUUGAAGGAAGCGUUGAAGAAUUAUCCCCAUUUGGUAAAUUCGUGAUGUCAUUGAAUGCGACAGAUAAAGAUGAAGGAGAGAAUGCUCAAAUUUACUACAGAAUUCUGUAUCAAGGGGGCAAAGAGGUGUUCGUUUCAAACUCCAAUGGACAAAUUAAAACACUGGCAAGUGACUUGGACAGAGAGACCCAAGAUUUGUACACUCUUCUUGUGGAAGCCCGUGACCUAAAUGGAAAAGCAGAAGGAUUGUCCGCUACAGCAAAUGCCCAAAUCCGGAUCCUGGAUGUCAAUGACAAUAUUCCUACAACUGAAAAAGAAGAGUAUGAGAUAUCUGUUCAAGAGAAUACAUUGAGUGAUGAUGUCCUACGGAUCAAAGUGAUCGAUAAUGACCAAGAAUUCACAGACAACUGGCUGGGGAACUUUGAAAUUAUUGAGGGGAAUGAGAACGGACACUUCAGGUUCGAAAUGGAUGAGCAAACUAAUGAAGGAAUUUUGAUACUUCAGAAGGAACUGGACUAUGAAGAGUCAUCAAUGAGAAACUUGGUCUUGAAGGUUUCCAACAAAGCAGCUUAUCAUGCUUCAGUCAGUAGUGCAGGCGGGGGACUUAAACCGAUCAAAUUAAAAGUUAACGUGAAGGAUCAGAAGGAAGGAUUUUCAUUCAAGCCAACGACGAAGCGAAUCAGUGUCGGUGAAAACAAGAAAAAAUUCAAAGCUGGUCAGAAGCUUGGAAGAUACCCAGCCAUCAGUGCGGAUACUGGGAAAGAGAGUGAGGGAGUCAGGUAUGCAAAGGGUUUCGACCCAGCCAAUUUCUUCAACAUCGACCCCGAGACUUCAGAAAUAACACUUGUUAAGACGCCCGAUCGUGAAGCUGACUAUAUUGUCGAUGGGAAGUACACAGCAACAGUAUUGGCCAUAAGUAAUGAUGGCCCCAAACCAAAGACUUCCACUGGGACAGUGGUUAUUGAGGUACAUGAUGAAAAUGAUAACAUCCCCAUCAUUAAAAACCUACAGCCCUGCAUGUGUGACACAGCCAAAUCAUUGACCAUCACUGCACAUGACCUGGACUCCUAUCCAAAUGGUGCCCCCUUUACCUUUAAGUUCGAUGAUGUACCUGAGGUUGCUGAUAAAUGGAGGAUUUUACGCAGAGAUGAUACCAGCAUGGAACUCCAGCCUCGGCAUGAGCUGUGGCCAGGAACAUUUACAGUGCCUUUGAAGGUAGAGGACCAUCAAGGAUCUGGAAAGGUCCAGAACGUAGAGGUCCAUGUCGUCGAGUGCACCAGCAACUCACUCACCUGCUCAGAAAGGGCGAAUGCUGUCAGAGGCGAAAGUGCCCGCUUGGGUGCAGCUGCCAUUGGGCUCAUGGCUUUUGGGGCCUUGAUGUUGCUACUUGCUCCUCUGCUGUUACUGUUCUGCAACUCUGGUCUUGGAGGAAUAGGUGGAGCUAAUGGUUUCAAACAAAUACCCAUUGAAACGUUUGGAACUGUGGAACAUAAGAACAUCGAGGGCGGAGGAGAAAGGGACACGCACAUGCCAUUGCUUCCAGUCACUGCAGCUACUAAUGCAACAGCAGUAGGAACUUACUCAAGUGAGGUGGACGGGAGGAAAGGAGGAGCUGGUACCAUGGAACACAGUGUGUUUCCUUUGAACAUGAAUUCCAGUGAAGCGGGAUAUACCAAUUACGUGACCAAUCCUGCAAUGCUGGAAGGAGUCGAUUACCAAGGAGCUGAAUAUCUUGAUUCCUACAUGAAUCCAAAUAUGAAUAUGGGUGUGAUGGAGAAUGGCAGGAUUGGAACAAUGUCUGAAGGUGCACUUUUGAACUUCAUGGACUUCUACAUCAGUGAGAAAGUGGACACGCAAAAUUUAGAAGACCAGACCUCCCCUGGCCAUGACACUUUAUUGAUCUACAAUUAUGAAGGAGAUGGUUCUCUAGCUGGAUCAAUCGACAGCUGCAACUUCAUCGAGGGUGGAUUUGAAACUGGAGAUUCUUACUUGGACAACCUGGACCUGAAAUUCAAGACACUGGCUGAUAUCUGCACGGGUAAAUUGGAGAGCCAAGAAACAACUGUGUCUGUUGAUGCUCCAGUUCAUCAAGGAAUUGUGAAGGAACGGUCUGUCUCCUCCAGUUCAAUGGGAUUGCAAGCAAUGAAUGUAAUUCCUGACUCUACUCUAAUGAGGAAGAAUUAUGUUGUGACAACCACAAUAAAUCCUGUGGUAGACAUGGUGCCUCUCGCUGCCAAUCAAGCUUUUGACCACCAAAAUAUUGUAGUGACUAAUCAAGUUAAUACUGUCCCAAGGAGGAUUAGCUUCAUAGAGAAUCCUAACAUUGCCCACCAAAACAUUGUCAUGACCAAGAUGGUGAAUGGUGGAGCUGAAGUGAUUCCAGAUAUGAUCAUUGACCCUUCCAUUGCCCACCAAAAUGUUAUAGUAACUGAGCAGUUCAGCAACAGAGGGAACCCAGCAAUGAUUUUCAACCCAUCUGUCACUCACCAUAAUGCUGUAGUGACCAACGUCAUUGAAGGUGGCGCAGGAGGCAUGCAAGGAAUGAUCACCCAGCCACACGCAGUCGAGAAGAAUGUAAUGGUGACCAAGUCUAUUCAUAAAGGAGACUCCCAGAGCACAUUAUCUGAUUCAUCGUUGGACCACAUCCCCACCAUCCACAAAAACGUCACACUUAAAAAGUCGGUGAAGUCUGGCAUGGGAGAAAUGCAGAGCGGUACUCUUCCCGAUGAAGCAGUGGUCCAGAAAACCAGGGUGUCCCGCAGAUCCGUUACCUCCUCUGACAAUAACGUCCACAAGUCAGUGACGAAGGUAACAAAAGUUGCGCAGGUAAUGCAAUAAUAGGCAAUUCUCCAUAUCCAGGUGACGAGUUUCAAAACACAGAGAAAGUUCUGGGAUUUGAAAAUAUCCAGAUGUGGCUGUUGACACACAAUUCUAACAACAGCUGUACUAUUUUCCCAAAGGUGAAAUUAAAAAGCUUCAAAAUGGAAGCUCAAACAAUAUAUUUGGAUUAACACAUUUUGUAUCUACACAAACUAUUAGCCUGUGGAUCAUCUUCUUCAGAAGCUGGACAAGGUGUUGGAUGUGCAAAAAAAAACCCAAUAAUGUCUGAAUUGUUGGAACAGUUUAAAAGUGAGAAAUUUUCCUUGAAGAUUAAAAAGAUCAUGAAUAUGGAUGGGCUGUGCAACUCUACAAUCCUAUGACUACAAUUGCAUUUCACUGGAAGCUUUAAAACAUUAUUUAACUGCUUGCUUUCUAGGUUUGCUUCUGCAUAAUAUGAACCACUUCAAUUCUAAAAGAGAAAUUUUAGUUCUCUUAUGUGAUUGUGUUGAUAUUCACAAAAGCAAGAGUAUAAAUACCUGAGUGAACUUUUAACUAGUUUGUGCCAUGAAAAGAAAACUGUCUUGUGUAUAUUUGUAAAAAAAAAUUAGCGGGUUUCAACAAAAUUGUAUUUCUUCCAAAUUAAAUGAAGCAUUCCAGAGUUACUUUUUAAUUAAGUCAGCCCUAGUUACGUCUAAAAUUGUCAGUUUCUGAGGGAGAACUGUAUCCAUUUUUCAUAGAUUGAAAAUUCAGGGAUUCAAGGAAAUGGUUAAUGCCGGUUUCCCAAGUUCAAAGGAAGAAACACAGGAGUCUGGUUAAUUUGGACUUUCACUCAAGAGCUAAGACCCAAAUGAUGGGCCAAAGUGUGUAGUGUAUCACCAUUUAAUUUUGUGAUAAACAAUUUCAAAAGAGAAGUCCUUGUUUUAAAAAAAAAUUAGUUAAGAGUGUGACCGAGUUCUGGAAUUCACUGCUUUAAAGGUUCAUGGAGACAGAAAUGUCACAUGUGGGAAAAGCACUGAAAAUUUUUUAAACUGAACCUUUGAAAGUGGUGUAAGUACAGCAACGUAAUUUAAAUCAGCAGUGUAUUCCCAUAUUGAAUGUAAGCUACUACUGAAUCACUUAAAUUGAUAGUGAUGGAGAUUUAAUAAAUCCUCAAAUCAAAUACUAUUAAACAGUGUAAAUAUUUACAGCAACAAAAUGUAUUAACAAUAGAAGAAUGUGCAAAUACGCAUCUGUUUUAUCUGCUUUGUAUGAAACUGAUUUUCAACAUACGAUUGCAUGUGGGGAAGGACUAUAAGGCUAUUCUGCAGUUAUUAGAUACAAAUCAUACUCACAGUAGCAGUUUUUAAUCUAUAUAAAAUGCCAAAGGCUAUAGAGACAGAAAUGUGGUGGAAGUACAGUGUGAGAUUAAAGAUUCACCAUCAGAGCUGGGAAAAAUUAGAAAUAGAAUUUCUGAGGUGGGGAGAAUGGAGAGAACAAGGGGUUCUGAUAGGAUGACACUCAAGAGAAUGGUGAUGAACAGUGGUAGCACUGACUUGUCUGCACCAGGUGUAAAUAAAGGGAAAUGAUUGAGAGAGAAAACCAGGACAUUUUUUUUCUACCAAUACAUUUCCAAGACUCCAUGAACUUUUGGUUGUUUGCCAUUCAGGUUCCUUGUUAUGAUGGCUCCAAUGUGCCAUAUUGUUUAAUAAGAGAGGUUUCAUUAGUACAGACCUGUUCUAACAGACCAUUCAUUUAGUUUAGACCCAAACAGUUGCAUUUUAUGAUAUAACUGCCUAAUUCAUAAAAAUGAUUCCAAGAUUGAAUGGCUUGUCAUAUGAAGAGCAUUUGAUGCUUCUGGGCUUGUAUCCACUGGAAUUUAGAAAUAUGAGGGGUGACCUCAUUGAAAUCGAUUGAAUGGUGAAAGGCCUUAAUAGAGUGGAUGUGGAGGGGAUGUUCCCUGUGGUAAGAGGGUCUAAGACCAGAGGACACAGCCUCAGGAUAGAGAGGCAUCCUUUUAGAACGGAGAUAAGAAGGAAUUUAUUUAGCCAGAGAGUAGUGAAUCUGUGGAAUUCUUUGCCCCAGGCAGCUUUGGAGGCUAAGUCUUCAUGUACUUUUAAGGCAGAGGUUGAUAGAAUUUUGAUUGGUCACGGCAUGAAGGGAUAUUGGGGUAAGGCAGGAGAUAUUGUCUGAGGAAAAUUGGAUCUGUCAUGACUCUGGGCCAAAUGGCCUAAAUCUACUCUGAUAUCUUGUGGUCUUAUGUAAUCCUUCAAAGUAUUUUGAAGAAUGUAUGUAUAAUCUACAGAUAAAAAUAAAGUUAUCAAAACAGUUGCUGAAUUGAGAAUUAUUUUGUUGUAUUUCAGUAUUGAAUAUCUAGCAUUGACUGAAAAGGUUGUAAUUUCAGUUUCAAAUGCUCACCUGGCCUCCAUUCUGCACUAAACUACUUCCAACACUAAAUCUCUUCACUUCAAUCAUCCUUGCCUUCCUCUCUCCAUUACUCGCUCUUCCCUCUUUUUCCCUCUUGCGCCCUUUCAUCCUG